UCAAAUUCGAAACGUCACCUGCUAAUGAUGGCGUUUUCAGCAUUUUGCCGAUUGACUGUUUUGUGUUUUUAUUAAUAAAUAAAACGUUACUUUCUAAUUAAAACCGGUGACCAGCAAAUUGAGUAUACAAAAAAAAAAUCAAUACUUCACCACUAACUUACUUACUACCAUGGAAGAGGAACUUGACAUACCUCCUCAAGAGCUCCAAGGGCCUCCUCCCUUAAUGCAAGCGCCUCCGCCUCUACUCUCUGGGCCUCCACCCCCUGGCAUACCUCCUCCAAACUUACAAACGAUGCCUCCACCACCCUUACAAGGACUACCUCCACCACCAUUACAAGGAGUACCGCCCCCAUUACAAGGCCCUCCACCUACAUUUGAUGGACCGCCACCCGCAUUUGACGGGCCUCCUCCCGCUUUUGAUGGGCCUCCUCCAUUGCUCAGGCCUCCUGGGGUACAAUUUAAUGGGCCGCCAGGCACUGGACCUCUUGUAACGGGCUUAACUUCGGGCUGGUCCAGUACAGAGAAUGACGGAAACAAUCAAUUAAUGCAACCGCCGCCUGGUCCAGAAAAACAAUUACCAUCAUUGUUAUCUUUGAAGGUGGAUCCACCUCCGCAAGUGGAAGGGUCCGGGGUGCCUACUGAGGUGGUGUUACCGCAAGCUUUAGAGCAGGUUCUGGCAUUGAAAAAUCAAAGGGCCAUAGAACUGGGCACCGAGGAGGACCAAGCCAAUAAAGAGAAACUUCAGGAGCAUAAUGAGAAGGAGCCGGAGGAUGGGAAGUCCGAAGAGUGGCAGAAAGAGAAUGUUCAAUCACAGUUUAUUACUGAAUCUGCUGAACCUGAAGUAGAAGAGACACCCCGGCAACCGCAACCUGCCGCCAAAGAACCAAAAGAACGAGUGAGCAAAAACAAGAAAAAGAAGAAGAGAAAGAAGAACAAAAAGACCAGGGAAAACGAAGAGAAAAACUUGGAGAAUGGCGGUGGAAAAGAGGCGGAAGAACCCGCUGAUCCUAGUGAUGUGGAAAUUGAAUAUGUACAAGAAAGAAUCGGUCUACACGAACUGGCCCCGCAGUACCGUCAGUUCUAUUCAAUUUUCGAACAAUUUAAAAUUUCAGAGGAAAAAUCGAAUAUUCCGCCGCCGACUUUGGCUAAUAUCACUUCUCUAGCCAGCCAGAUGAAGAAUGACGAUGACCACGACGAUAUGGAAGACAGCGAAGAGAAAAAACUUGAAGACAAAUCGAAAAUGUCCAAAAGAAAACUGAAGAAAUUGACCCGAUUGAGUGUAGCCGAGCUAAAGCAGCUUGUACACAGGCCAGACGUUGUUGAGAUGCAUGACGUGACCGCCAGAGACCCGAAACUUUUGGUACAGCUAAAAGCGCAUAGAAAUACUGUUCAAGUGCCAAGGCAUUGGUGUUUCAAAAGAAAAUACCUUCAAGGCAAAAGGGGCAUUGAAAAACCGCCCUUUAAUUUACCCGAUUUUAUAAAACGCACGGGAAUCAUGGAGAUGAGGGCCUCGCUUCAAGAAAAGGACGAAUCCAAGACCCUUAAGGCUAAAAUGAGAGAGCGAGCGAGACCGAAACUGGGAAAAAUCGAUAUCGAUUAUCAAAAAUUACACGAUGCAUUUUUCAAGUGGCAAACGAAGCCAAAAAUGACAAUCCACGGCGAUUUAUAUUACGAGGGAAAAGAAUUCGAGACCAGAUUGAGAGAGAAGAAACCGGGGGACCUCUCUGAGGAACUUAGGACCGCCCUGGGUAUGCCUGUGGGGCCGAAUGCUAAUAAGGUACCGCCACCAUGGCUGAUCGCCAUGCAAAGAUACGGUCCACCUCCGAGCUACCCGAACCUGAAAAUUCCCGGUUUAAACGCCCCGAUACCCGACGGAUGCUCGUUCGGUUAUCACGCGGGCGGUUGGGGUAAACCGCCGGUGGACGAGCACGGAAAACCGCUUUACGGUGACGUAUUCGGUACCAAUAUGAGCCACAUGGAUGACGCAGGGGAGGACGCGCAGAUCGAUAAAAGUCUGUGGGGCGAACUCGAAUCGGAAUCCGAGGAGGAGAGCGAGGAAGAAGAGGAGGAGGAGGAAGAAACUGAGGCACAACCGGCCGACGAGUCCGGUUUGGUUACUCCUGCCGAAGGAUUAGUGACUCCCAGUGGCAUUACGAGUAUCCCGGCCGGCAUGGAAACUCCCGAGGCUAUUGAGUUGCGUAAAAAGAAAAUCGAAAACGAAAUGGAUGGAAGUGAAACACCGGUUUUAUACCAAAUUAUUCCGGAAAAACGGACGGAACGUAUCGGGAACGCGAUGAUGGGCAGCACUCACGUGUACGAUUUGGCUUCAAUGGGGGCCACACAAAAUCCAGUACCGAUUCGAAGGCCCACUGAGAGAGAAGGAAUGGUGGAAUUGGCGUUGGAUCCUUCGGAAUUGGACAUGGAUAGUGACGCUAUGGCCGUGAGGUACGAACAGCAAAUACGUGAGAACCAGUCUCAGUUGCAAAAGGAGGAUUUGAGCGACAUGUUGGCCGAACAUGUGGCCAAACAAAAGAGCAAACGUAAGAGGCAACAGCAGGACUCCAAGACCACCAAGAAGUAUAAAGAAUUCAAAUUCUAAAAAUUUUGCUUGUAUAUUACUUAUAUGCAAGCAAUGCUUAUAUAAAUAAAUCGUUUCUUAUCAAGGACGUUUCGGAAUUGUUAUUAUUGUUAAGUUACAUGACCUGAAACCUGGUUCCGAAACGUCCGCAAGCAUCUUUUAAUUUUAUGGGCGAUAAAAUGGAAUUUCUUUAUAAAAUAUUUGGUCCUCUUAUGUUUUUCGUAAAUGUAUGAUGUUUAUCUAUCGUUUUUGAAAUAUUCAAUGUUUGUUUGACUAAAUAGGGUUAAACAAGUGUAAUUUUCCUUUUUUUAUAUCUAAUAUCUUAAAGGUUUAAGUAUUGUCUUGUGUAGAAAUAAUUAUGCUAAGAUGCAAUUAAACAGUUUUAGGUACGGAAAA